AUGUUUUUCCCAUUUUCUCUAAGUGGAAAAGCAAAGUUGUGGAUCAAUGGGCUCAAUCGAGAGGCUAUGAAAAUCACUGAUUGGGAAUCUCUGGCUCUUGCAUUCUAUGUAAAAUAUUUUUCAACUGAGAAAACUGCUCGUCUGAGGAGCCAGAUUAUUGCUAUCACACAACUGGUAGAUGAGAGCUUGUUUGAGGCCUGGGAAAGGUUCAAGUUUUAUAAUGGUUUGGGUGACGAGUCUAGGCUCAUUCUGGAUUCUGCUGCUAGUGGGAGGUUUAUGCAACUUCAUGUAUCCAGGGCUAUGGAAGAUGUUAAAAUUGAUGCUCUUGCCGCUCAUAACAAGAUCAUUGAUAACCAGUUGGCCCAGAUGGCCACUAGUCUUGCAAAGAGAACCCAAGGGCAACUUCCUUCACUGUCCGAGAAUAGAGAAACUGCAAAUGCUAUCACCUUGCGCAGUGGGCAUGGGUAUGAAGGCCCUUCUAUGUCUGUAGAUGUUGAUUCUAGGGUGUCUACCAGUGGUCCAAUGGAGAAAGUAGUUAAGAAGGUAGUCUGUGAGAAAGAGGCUACACCUGAGGUUAAGAAGGGAACUAGUAUUCAAGUACCACCUAUUGCACUUCCCUUCCCCAACUGGCAACUCAAGAGUAAGCUAGCCAAACAGUUUGGAAAAUUCUUGGAUGUGGUAAAAAACUUGCAGUUUUAUAAUGGUUUGGGUGACGAGUCUAGGCUCAUUCUGGAUUCUGCUGCUAGUGGGAGGUUUAUGCAACUUCAUGUUUCCAGGGCUAUGGAAGAUGUUAAAAUUGAUGCUCUUGCCGCUCAUAACAAGAUCAUUGAUAACCAGUUGGCCCAGAUGGCCACUAGUCUUGCAAAGAGAACCCAAGGGCAACUUCCUUCACUUCCCGAGAAUAGAGAAACCGCAAAUGCUAUCACCUUGCGCAGUGGGCAUGGGUAUGAAGGCCCUUCUAUGUCUGUAGAUGUUGAUUCUAGGGUGUCUACCAGUGGUCCAAUGGAGAAAGUAGUUAAGAAGGUAGUCUGUGAGAAAGAGGCUACACCUGAGGUUAAGAAGGGAACUAGUAUUCAAGUACCACCUAUUGCACUUCCCUUCCCAAACUGGCAACUCAAGAGGGGUGAUAAGGUUACUUUUAAUCUGAAUAGUGCCUUAAAGAGUCUCAUGCUAGAGGAAGAACAAUGUUGUCGAAUUGAUGUGGUUGAUUUUAUUAGGCGAGAUAACGUCUCCCAAGUCAUCGAAAGGGAUCCUUUGGAGGCAGUGUUUUGUUGUGAAUCUUCUGCAGGUGAUAGCAGUUCUUGGAGCGUUGAAUAA